AUGGCGGCAGUGGCGCUCGAGGCUCGUUUCGAGCACCUGGCUAUCAAUGACGAGAACGACGUAUAUAGCAAGACAAAGUUGCGCCAAAAGGCCAAGAUUCCAACAGACACUGGUACCGCCCGUCUAUCGCACAUAUCCCGUCCGCCAAAGUACUCUGAAUCUGCUGUCCAUAGACAACAGAGCACAAACGCUAAGCAAGCGACCUCCCAGGCAGUUCCAGGGAAAGAAAGACAAUCCGCCGCGCACUUUCGAAAGCCUCUCGGCAUUAUAUCAAAUGCACCAGUCAAGACGGACAAGUACCGCGUUACGGAUGUCAAGCAACAAAACACGAUCAUCGUGCCUGUUGCUUCCCAAGUGGCCCCUAUAAGAGAUAGUCAAGCAAUCUUACGAGGGCAGAAGUCUAUUCCUACUGUAUCCUCGCGGACAUCCAGUGCAGCAGGUGCCACAGAAGAACAGCCAGCCACCAUUAUCAAGCAGCCCGUCUUCAAACAAUUCCAGCUCGGCAUGUUCGAAGUUGGUCGAUCCUUGGGCAAAGGGAAGUUUGGUCGAGUGUAUCUUGCGCGCGAACGACAGACGGGCUUUAUUUGCGCCCUCAAAGUCCUACAUAAGAACGAAAUUGUACAAGGUCGGGUGGAAAAGCAGGUGUGUCGAGAGAUCGAGAUCCAGAGUAACCUGCGCCAUCCCAACGUCCUCCGGUUCUACGGAUAUUUCUACGAUAGUAAGCGCAUAUUUCUAAUACUUGAGUAUGCCGCAAAGGGGGAACUAUACAAGCACUUGCAGAAAGCGAGACGUUUCUCGGAGUCGAGGGCAGCCCAAUACAUUGCGCAAAUGACGAGUGCCUUACGAUACUUGCAUAGCAAGCGUGUCAUUCAUCGGGAUAUCAAGCCUGAGAACAUUCUUCUCGGUAGGCAUGGCGAGCUCAAGAUGGCUGAUUUCGGCUGGAGCGUUCAUGCGCCCAGUGGUCGGCGGAUUACCAAGUGUGGAACAUUGGAUUACUUGCCGCCUGAAAUGGUUGAUCCACGGAGAUGCCAGAAUCCCUAUGAUGAGAAGAUUGACCUGUGGUCCCUGGGGGUCUUGAUGUAUGAGCUGCUGGUUGGAUCGGCGCCUUUCGAGGACACGCCUAGUAUGACGCAAAAGAGAAUUGCAAGAGGUGAUAUGAAGAUUCCUUCCUUUGUCAGCUCGGAGGCAAAGGACCUUAUCAGAAAGAGAAUUCCCUUGGAGAAGGUCCAGCAACACCCCUGGAUUAUGAAGCACUGUCUUGCUGGCGAGAAAGCUGCAAAGGCGGAAAAGUCAGACGGGUGA